AUGAGCCAGAAGCACUUUAUUCAGUCUCCACCAAUGCCAGAACUCAGCAAGAAAGUCCCAGAGAAAGCUAUCCCAUUCGGAUAUUGAGCUCACAUUUCACAGCUACUAUGGAGGCUCGUUUUCCGGGAGAGAAGAAAAUUGGGACUGUCAGGAUAUAUGGUGAAGAGAUCUUUGCUUAAUUAUUCUUGCAAUCGGACUCACUGGUCUUGAUGAAGACUUUUCCCAUUAGUCAUUUGCUGCAAAUCGUCCUGGUCUCAAGAAAACUAUUUCUGUCUCAGCCUAUGAGCCAAUCUGAGGUGAAGACUAUACCAGGAGCUUUAA